UCAAAGAAUAUGCCUGCUUUCUCUGAUAGAUAACCAUAACAUUGCCCAUUCUCUGAUCAACAAUAUUGGGCUCACCACCACACUCCUCCUCCUUCUCCGCCUCUUCCACCACUACCAAAUUGUUCACUAUCUCUCACCAUGAAAAUCCCUCUACUUCUCCUCCUCUUCUCUCUUCUCACCUCUUCCUCUCUCGCCAAAGUCAAAAUUUCCGUCACACCUACCAUCCUCUCCAAAUCUGGCGAUACCGUCACCGUCUCCUGGUCCAAUGUUGAUUCGCCCUCCAAACUAGAUUGGCUUGGCCUCUACUCGCCCCCUGACUCGCGUAACGACCAUUUCAUUGGCUAUAAAUUCCUCUCUUCCUCGCCCUCAUGGGAAUACGGGUCGGGCUCCAUAUCCCUACCCAUUACCAACCUCCGCUCAAACUAUUCAUUCCGGAUCUUCCGCUGGACCGAAUCCGAGGUCAACCCAAAACGCCACGAUCACGACCAGAACCCUCUUCCCGGGACGGCCCAUUUGCUUGCUCAAUCUGAGGAGGUUGGGUUUGAGGCGGGUCAUGGACCAGAACAGAUCCACUUGGCUUACACGGACUCGGAAGAUGAGAUGCGGGUAAUGUUCGUGGUGGGUGACAAGGAAGAGAGGAAGGUGAAAUGGGGGCAGGGUGAUGGAGAGUGGAGUCACGUAACAGUGGCACGUGUGGUGAGGUAUGAAAGGGAGGACAUGUGUGAUGCUCCGGCUAAUGGGAGUAUUGGGUGGAGAGAUCCUGGGUGGAUCCAUGAUGCUGUCAUGACAAAUUUGAAGGAUGGUGUUAGAUAUUAUUACCAGGUUGGAAGCGACUCUAAAGGUUGGAGUGCAACUCAGAGCUUUGUGUCACGGAAUGGAAACUCAGAUGAAACAAUAGCUUUCCUGUUUGGAGAUAUGGGAACUGCAACGCCAUAUGCAACCUUCCAUCGAACACAAGAUGAAAGCAUAUCAACCAUGAAAUGGAUCCUUCGUGACAUAGAAGAUAUUGGUGACAAGCAUGCUUUCAUUUCUCACAUAGGAGAUAUUAGCUAUGCAAGAGGCUACUCAUGGUUGUGGGACCAUUUUUUCACUCAAAUUGAAUCUGUUGCAUCCAAAGUACCAUACCAUGUGUGCAUUGGUAACCAUGAAUAUGAUUGGCCUCUACAACCGUGGAAACCUGAUUGGUCCUAUUCAAUUUAUGGAACUGAUGGGGGUGGUGAAUGUGGAGUUCCGUACAGCCUUAAAUUUAAUAUGCCUGGAAACUCUUCAGAGCCAACUGGAACCCGUGCCCCUGCCACUCGAAACCUAUACUAUUCAUUUGAUACAGGGGCUGUACAUUUUAUGUACAUAUCAACUGAGACCAAUUUCCUUCCUGGGAGCAGCCAGUAUAACUUUAUAAAGCAUGAUUUAGAAUCAGUUAAUCGGAGCAAGACCCCUUUUGUGAUUGUCCAAGGGCACAGGCCAAUGUACACUACAAGCUAUGAGAACAGGGAUGCCCCAUUGAUGGAGAAAAUGCUUAAGCACUUGGAACCCUUGUUUGUGAAAAAUAAUGUUACCCUUGCGUUGUGGGGUCAUGUACACAGAUACGAGAGGUUUUGUCCAGUGAAUAACUUCACAUGUGGAAGCACUUGGAAGAGAUAUCCAGUUCAUGUUGUAAUUGGGAUGGCAGGACAAGACUGGCAGUCUAUUUGGAAACCCAGACCUGACCAUCCAGAUAUGCCUGUCUUUCCACAACCUGAGCGGUCCAUGUACCGUGGGGGUGAGUUUGGGUACGCUAGACUGGUUGCCACAAAGGAGAAGCUGACACUUUCUUAUGUAGGGAACCAUGAUGGAGAGGUGCAUGAUAUGGUGGAAAUUUUGGCAUCAGGCCAAGUUCACAGUGGUAGUGAUGGUGUUAGCAAUGUUGCUGGAGCCAGGUUUGAAGUGGUGGUGGACUCCACAUUCACAAAGUAUGUCAAGGUUGCGAGUUUCCUUGUGCUUGGGGCUUUUAUGGGUUAUAUUCUUGGGUUUAUUUCACAUGCCAGGAAGAAAAAUGCCUCCAAAGGCAACUGGAUUCUCGUGAAGAGUGAGGAGCAUGAAACAUUGUCAUGAAAGUUGGAAAGUUGCUUGACAUGCAGAAUAUACUUCCUCAUAUCCUCGUAUCUUCAAACCUAUUUGCGAUGAGUGUCAAGGUUUUCGUGUUGUACAUGAUCUCCUCCUGUUUGUUGGUCGAGCAAGGACUCUCAAAGUUUUAUGACUUGUUGUACUCGGUAUUUUAAUGAAGGUCUGUAAAUACUCAAUUCUCUCAUAUUUAGUGAAAAGAAAACCAUUUUAUUACUAGAGAAAAUUAAAAUAAAAUCUUUGUAAGCAGAAGUAUGCUGUAAACAAGCAUGUAUAAUUAAGCGUGUGCUUAGCAUAAUCCUUAUUGUAAACUUAAGAAGUAGGUACUUUCAGAAUAUUAUCUUUCUUGUGUGAAA